UGAGUCAACGACAGAAAUAGAACAAAAACAAUACAACAGCGUUCGAAACGCAAAAUAAAUUGUUAGCAUAUACAGCUGCUUUACGAGUGUUUAUUGAAGUUUUGCUUAUUUAUUCGUUAUAAAAUGCUUUCUUUUUUCUCAAAGAAGAAACCAGAUCCACCACCAGAAGAGCCAAUUCAAGGACCAACUGAUCCCACACAAACAAAUGAAGGUGGGGGAGGUGAUGAUUUUAUUUUUGUAGAACGUAAAACAUCGGAAAACGACCCUGCUAGGCCUCCAACACAAGGUAUGGGAAUGUAUCCUCCAAUACCACCUACGUUUGGAAUGAACAGGUUCUCAGGACAGCCUGCUUACCCACCAACAACAAGUGUAGCGGGUGGUUAUAACAAUGCAACACCAGUGCCAUACGUGCAAGGAAUACCGUUCGAGUUAGCGCCACAAUUAAGUACGAAAUGUGAUUUUGAAGUAACACAAUUGCAGGUCGACAGCAUUUUAGCUUUGUUAACUCGUCAAAUGUCCGUGGACGAAACUGAGGAGUACAAUUUUGCUCUGGAACGAUCAAUACAAAAUGAGUGCUGCUAGCUAUUGAGAUUUGAAUACGUAUGCAUUUUAUUUUUACCGCUGGCCUAAAAACAACGUAAUUUUAUAGUGUGAAUUUUUAGUUAUAAGAAAUUACGAAUGAAUAUAGUUUAAUAAGCCAAUAAAAUCUUAUUAACUUUAUUGAAUGAAAUUAUAUUUUUAUAUUUAGAUAGUUGUAACUUCCAUUUUGUUUCAUGAUCUUUUCCCGAUGUUAUGAAUUGUAGUAAGAUUUAAAGUUCUAAAUUGGGUGUAGUUGCAAUCGUUUGGUAUUGAUUUAAGUUCAAUAGCAGCUGUUUGGAUCUUUAUUUAUGUAAAGUACUGAUUUUGUAAUUGUCUAUAAAAUAGAACAUUUAGCAUACAGUAUUUUAAUUAAUCUAUCCCAAAUGAGAUAUUGUAUUCGCUAGUAUUUAUAUUUCGUUCCAAGUUACCGGAAAAAACUGGAUUAAUAUCUGGCCCGAGACGGUCAGUUUAGCAGCAUUUCCUAAAUAUUUAUGCUACAAAAACGAUAAUAUAUCCAAUAAUUAAUAAACUACAAGGCGCAUUUAUUACAUUCGCUUUGAUUAAA